UUUACUUUUGGUUCACCCCUUUAGAAGUUCUUCCUCGCCCUAACAUGGCUCUCCCCUUAUUGAUCCUCGUCGUCCUCGCGAUCCCGCUCGCCUACGCAUUGUACCAACGUUUUAGGUUUAAGCUGCCGCCCGGCCCCCGGGCCUGGCCCAUCGUCGGGAACCUCUAUGACGUGAAGCCCGUGAGGUUCCGGUGCUACGAUGAAUGGUGCCGAGAGUAUGGCCCAAUCAUCUCGGUGUGGUUCGGGUCGACCCUGAAUGUGAUCGUAUCGAACGCGGAGCUGGCCAAGGAGGUGCUUAAGGAGAACGACCAGCAGCUGGCAGACCGGCACAGGAGCCGAUCUGCCGCCAAGUUCAGCCGGGACGGGAAGGACCUGAUAUGGGCCGACUACGGGCCUCACUACGUCAAGGUGAGGAAGGUCUGCACACUCGAGCUCUUCACGCCGAAGAGGCUUGAGGCUCUUCGGCCCAUAAGGGAAGACGAAGUCACAGCCAUGGUCGAGUCUAUAUUCAAGCACUGCACCAACCCUGAAAACUUAGGCAAGAGUCUGUUGGUGAAGAAUUACUUGGGGGCAGUGGCAUUUAACAACAUCACUAGGCUCGCGUUCGGGAAGAGGUUCAUGAACUCGGAGGGUGUGAUAGACGAGCAAGGGCUCGAGUUCAAGGCGAUUGUGGCCAACGGGCUCAAGCUCGGCGCGUCCCUUGCAAUGGCAGAGCACAUCCCCUGGCUCAGGUGGAUGUUCCCAUUGGAAGAAGAGGCAUUUGCGAAGCACGGGGCCCGCCGGGACCGGCUCACCCGCGCCAUCAUGGAGGAGCACACCCUCGCCCGACAGAAGAGCGGCGGGGCCAAGCAGCACUUUGUUGACGCGCUGCUCACUCUCAAGGACAAGUAUGAUCUGAGUGAGGACACUAUCAUCGGUCUCCUUUGGGACAUGAUCACAGCAGGCAUGGACACCACAGCCAUCUCGGUAGAGUGGGCAAUGGCGGAGCUCAUCAGGAACCCCAGGGUGCAGCAGAAAGCCCAAGAGGAACUGGACCGGGUGAUUGGGUUCGAGAGGGUAAUGACCGAGGCUGAUUUCUCGAGCCUCCCUUACCUCCAGUGCAUUGCCAAGGAGGCGCUCAGGCUACACCCGCCAACCCCACUGAUGCUUCCCCACCGGGCCAAUGCCAAUGUCAAGAUUGGUGGGUACGACAUCCCCAAAGGGUCCAACGUCCACGUGAAUGUUUGGGCUGUAGCCCGUGACCCAGCCGUGUGGAAGGACCCACACGAGUUCAGGCCCGAGAGGUUCCUCGAGGAGGACGUGGACAUGAAGGGGCAUGACUUCAGGCUCCUCCCAUUUGGGGCUGGCCGGAGAGUGUGCCCUGGUGCCCAGCUUGGGAUCAACUUGGUGACUUCCAUGCUAGGCCAUCUGUUGCACCACUUCACUUGGAGCCCUCCACCAGGUGUGAAGCCGGAGGAGAUAGACCUAUCCGAGAAUCCCGGGCUAGUCACUUACAUGAGGACUCCUUUGCAAGCCGUGCCUACUCCAAGGCUGCCCUCAGACCUGUACAAACGCAUCCCUUACGAAAUGUAGGUUCUGCUAGAGAGCAUUGCCUUUCAUGUUAUCUUUCAGACAUCAUGGGUUUUGGUUUCUCAAAACUUACAAGAGCUUGUAAAAUCCCAAGUCAUUGUUGCAAACUUAACAAAAUAUGCAAUAUCAUUUGUUUCAUGAUUUCAAGAACUUAGUAAAACUCCAAUAUUAACA